AUGGUAAUGAAGGAAGAGAUGUUGAUGGAAGAAAAGCUUGUGAUUAGCGAGCUCGAGCAAGGGAAAGAGUUAGCAAAUCGGUUGUUCAACAAUUUGAAAAAUCCUUCUUCUUCUAAUGAAUCAAACAAGAGUUUGAUCUCUGGAAUCCUCCAUUCUUACGAAAAUGCCAUAUUUAUGUUGAAUCUUGAUAAGAAAACUCUCGACAGAAACCAUGAGAGGACGGACCAGAGCAAUAAGAAGAGAAGAUUAUCGAAGAAGAAGAAAACCGAUAAAAUUAAGAUUUGUGUAGCAACAGAACAAGAAGGGACUUCUCUUGAUGAUGGUUAUUGUUGGAGAAAAUAUGGCCAAAAAGAUAUUCAUGGAUCCAAGAACCCUAGAGGAUAUUAUAGAUGUACACAUCGAUUCACACAAAACUGUUUAGCGGUGAAACAAGUCCAAAAAUCAGACACAAAUCCUUUGUGCUACGAAGUCAAGUAUCUAGAAAGUCACACAUGUAACAUCACUCCAUUAACCAACAAAUACUCUGCUUUUAUGUCCAAAGAAGAACGAAACAAAGGAGCUAAGGUAGAUGCUACAAAGCAACCCAAAGACACAAUCAAACACAUGGAAGCUGAAGAAAUGAUGUUGAGUCUCGAAGAUCUAGAUACCAAGAAGGCGAUUUUCAGAACGUUUUCAUUCUCAAAUUCGGAAACAGAGAAUAUUUUAUUCGAGUGGAAUGAUCCGAUAGAAAAUUUAUCUCCUACAACAUCAGAUUCUGGAAUCACCUACGAGUUGUUAUCUGAGUUUGUUUCUGUUGAUGAUUCAUGCUUCUCUUCUUUGGAAAACAUUAUUGAUUUAAAGUCAUGA